CUCAUCAGGUCUAAUGUACUGUUGCUAUAUGUGUGGUCUCCUUAAACAUGGCCGCCGAAUAUAGUUUGUUUUUGAUUUUUCCAGCCGAAUGACUUUUCCUCUGUAGUGUACGCGGUCACACAGCCCUUGCAGCCGGGCACAUGUACAGGAGAAACCCCUACAGGGUAAUGUCAGGUGAGAGGGGAGGCAGAGGCUGCAAGCGUCGGUGACCUGUGACCCUGAGCCAUCCAUACAGCAGUCCCUGUCCUGCAUGAGCCAUGUAUGCACCGAGGAAGCUGGCUGCCGCUUUACUGGGCCUAUGUCCUUGGCGUCACUGCCACCGUAGGCGCCUGGCGGUAGCUGCCGGGAUAAGUGUGCGUGAAGCGCUUGGGAAAGUGGACGGAGACACAAAAAACAUCAAAGUUCAGGGAUGGGUCCGCUCCGUCCGGGCGCAGAAGGAAGUGUUAUUCCUCCACGUGAAUGACGGAUCUUCCCUGGAAAGCCUCCAGAUUGUGGCUGAGCCCAGUCUUAGAAACCGCGCUAUCAGCUUUGGGAGUUCGGUGGAAGUGCACGGGACGCUGGUGAAUAGCGCCGGUAAGAAGCAGAAGGUGGAGCUGAGAGCUGAUGAGAUUCGGGUGAUUGGAGAAUGUGACACAACAGACUUUCCCUUUAAGAUAAAGGAGCACCACCCCCCAGAAUACCUCCGCCAGUUCCCCCACCUCCGCUGCAGGACAAACACCUUUGGCUCCUUACUCAGAAUCCGCAGUGAAGCCACAGCCGCCAUCCAGGAUUAUUUCAGGAGCAAUGGAUACGUUCACAUCCACACCCCCGUAAUUACAUCUAAUGACUGCGAGGGAGCAGGAGAGCUCUUCCAGGUGGAGGCUACAAACAGAGUACCUGCGCCCGGGGACGACGCAGGAUUUUUUGGGGUGCCUGCAUUCCUCACCGUGUCUGGUCAGCUGCACUUGGAAGUUAUGUCAGGAGGGCUGGCCAGGGUGUUCACAUUCGGUCCUACAUUCCGAGCUGAGAAUUCACAAAGUCGGCGACAUCUGGCUGAGUUUUACAUGGUGGAGGCGGAAAUCUCUUUUACAGAAAGCUUGGAGGACAUCAUGCAGGUAAUGGAGAAUCUAUUUAAAAGCACAACCACGUCGUUACUUUCCAAGUGCCCUGAAGAUAUGAACCUCUUCUUUAAAUAUGUAUCUCCGGGACAGGAAGGCCGAUUGGAUCGACUGAUAAAGAAUAAGUUUAUUGUAAUGUCUUAUACAGAAGCUCUGGACAUUCUGCAGAGAUGUGGCCAUUCCUUCCAGCACAGGACAGAGUGGGGAUGUGAUCUGCAGACGGAACACGAGAAAUACCUGGUCAGACAUUGUGGGGAUGUUCCUGUGUUCGUCACCGACUACCCGUAUGACCUGAAGCCAUUUUACAUGCGGGACAACGAGGAUGGACCUCAGCACACGGUGGCUGCUGUGGACUUGCUCGUUCCUGGGAUUGGAGAACUGUUUGGAGGGAGCUUGAGAGAAGAGAGACAUCACAUCCUGCAGUCACGUCUGAAAACGCUGGGGCUGGAUCACACAUACCAGUGGUAUCUAGAUUUACGCAAAUACGGGACUGUUCCGCACGGCGGUUUCGGCAUGGGAUUCGAGCGCUUCCUGCAAUGCAUUCUGGGAGUGGACAACAUCAAGGAUGUCAUCCCAUUUCCGCGAUUUCCCUAUUCUUGUCUGUUAUGAGACUGCUCCCCGGACACUGGGAUGUGAUAGCGCUGUAAUGAGAUGUGAUCAUUGCAGCACUGACGGCCUGUCAGCCGCACAAACGUCUCAGUGUAAAUGUUAUUGCUGCAGUGGGGCCGGUCGCCCAGGAGGGACGGAACUGGAGCGCACUUAAAGAGGCGUUAUAAUAAAAUCUACAUUUCUUUUAAAAACA